GCCAUGAUUGCUGAAGAGGAAGUAAAGAAAAUACUGGAUUAUACUCGAGAAUUGUUGCCGUUUGUUAGAAGGAUCAGUUUCAGGUCAUUCACGAUUAUCCUUUACUGUAAUUCACUUGGAAUUUCUCUGUCGAUGAAUUCAAGUUUUUUGAGCAUAAUUUUGAUUGUAUCUGUAUGAAAAUGUGUUCGGAGUUAUUGAGUGGACUACUUCAAGGCUACUAGUAUGGCUAGCUUAUUCUCUGUGAUCUGUUUGGUGUUUCUUAUUCCCUGUGUCACCAGUUCGAUUGUACAACCAAUUAGAUGGACGAGUAAAAGUGUGAGACCUGAUUCAGUUACAUCUAUCCAGAGUCCCUCCUAUUGGAGUUACUAUCGCAACAAAUACUACUACUACAAUAAUCUGAACAAAGGCUGGAUAGUUUCGGCUCCGCCUGAAUAUCGGUUGAGACUUACCUUCUACCUAUUCGAAACCGAGAAAAAUCGUGACUACGUAUAUGUGAGAGAUGGAUGGACAUCAGACUACUCAAGAUCAACAAGAGUGGCAUCUCUAUCAGGAGAUUCGAUUCCCGAAGACAUCACAUCUUAUGGGUCAUAUCUCUGGAUUCAAUUUCUAAGUGAUUCUCAGAAUGCCUUCAGAGGAUUCCAAGCCCAAUUGACUGCGCAGGUUCGAUCUAUCCAUUUGCUAGAUGGGGGUAGUGAACUGUUGCAAUCUCCUAAUCAUCCGGGCAAUUACUACAACAAUCUCAACGUAAGAUGGUUUGUAAGUGCUCCUCCUGCGUAUCGAUUAAGACUUCAAUUCAUCUCCUUCUCAAUCUCUUGGGGCGACAAUGUAAUAGUGAGCGAUGGAUGGACAUCGGACUUUUCAAGCUCAACUGAAUUGGAGAAUCUAUCAGGUACAUCAUUACCUGUUGAUAUCAUAUCGAAUGGAUCCUAUCUGUGGCUUCAAUUCACCACAAAUACUCGGCAAUCGACAUCUACAGGAUUCAUGGCCAACCUGACAGCUGAGAUGAGAUCCUUCACGAUUAUCGAUUUAACGGCUGAGCCAGAAACCUCUCUAAACUCCAAUGAUUAUCCUGAAGAUGGAGACAUUCUGGUGAACAUUACAUCUCCUGCAAACAGCCAAAUCCAACUUUAUAUUACGUUUGAUCCAACCCAAACUAAUCAUGGCAAUGAUGGAGUUUACGUAUACGAAGGAUGGACAUUGAAUCAAGUUGUACCAACGCAAAGAUGGGAUUUAUCUGCAACAUCUUUCCCGGUGAAUAUUACAUCACAAGGGUCGUAUAUGUGGGUACAAUUCAAUCGUAACGCUGGCAAACGGAGGGACAUCUUUCAGGUUGUUGCAUCUUCUCAGAUCCGAACUAUUAGUUUGCAAGCUGGAAAUGUAAGAUACAUUCAGUCUCCUAAUUAUCCAUCCAACUACACCAACAAAACUCACGUAAGGUGGCUUGUGAGUGUUCCUUCUCCAUAUCAAGUAAGACUUCGCUUUACUCAUUUCUCAACCGAGAAGAAUUGUGACUUUGUUCACGUGAGGGAUGGAUUGACAUCAGACUAUUCAAGGUCAACACAAGUGACAUCUCUGUCAGGUUUGAAUCCAGAUGACAUCGUUUCAAGAGGAUCAUAUCUUUGGGUUAAUUUCACCAGUGAUGACUGGGUUACUAGUACCGGAUUCGAAGCACAACUUACAACAUUCCGAAAUAUCAGUUUGCAGCCCUGGAAUCAUGAAUCCAUUCAGUCUCCUAAUUACCCGUACCCGUACUUCAACAAUAUCAACAUACGAUGGUUUGUGAAUGUACCUUCUCAAUAUCAAGUGAGACUUCACUUCACCAGUUUCUCAACUCAGGAGAAUCAUGACUUCGUUAGGGUGAGAGAUGGAGGGACAUCAGACUAUUCAAGCUCAACAAGAGUGGCAUCUCUAUCAGGGGAUUCGAUUCCCGAUGACAUCAUAUCAAAUGGAUCACAUCUUUGGGUUCAGUUCGCAAGUGAUCACUUAAUUAAUGCGACAGGAUUCGUAGCCCAACUUGCACCGAUUCAAAAUAGGCAUAUCAAUUUGGAGCCUUGGGAAUCUGUGUCCAUUGAGUCACCUGAUUUCCCAGCCAAUUACUCCAACAACGUCACCAUUCGCUGGCUUGUGAGUAUUCCUUCUCUUCAUCAACUGAGACUUCAUUUCACCAGUUUCUCAACCGAGAAGGAUCAUGACUUCGUAAACGUGAGUGAGGGAGUGACAGAAGACUUUUCAAGCUCAACACAACUUGCAUCUCUAUCAGGAGAUGUGAGGCCAGAUGACAUCGUAUCAAGAGGAUCAUAUCUCUGGCUUCAGUUCACCAGCGAUGAACAUAAUGUUGAUACAGGAUUCAAUGUACGGCUCACAAUGUUUCGAGAUGUGCGUAUUAAUUUGCAGCCUUGGAAUCAUACAUCCAUUCAGUCACCUGUUUACUCGUAUUCAAGAUCCCCUUACGACAGUAGUGUCAACAUACGCUGGCUCGUGAGUGUACCUUCUCCAUAUCAAGUACGAGUUAACUUUACCAGUUUCUCAACCGAGAAGGAUCAUUACUUCGUUUACGUGAGUGAUGGAUGGACACCAGACUACUCAAACUCAACAAGAGUUGCAUCUCUAUCAGAAGAUUUGAUUCCAGAUGACGUCAUAUCAAGAGGAUCAUAUCUGUGGAUUGAAUUUACCAGUGACGAUGGGAAUCGUUAUAAUACAGGAUUCCAAGCCCGACUGACACCGUUUCGUACUAUCCAUUUGAAAGUUGGGAAAGUAGCUGUGAUCCAGUCUCCUAAUCACCCACACCUGUAUUACAACGAUCUUAACAUACGCUGGUUUGUAAGUGUUCCUCCUGCAUAUCAAGUGAGGCUUCAUUUCAAUAACUUCUCAACGGAAGAGGAUCAUGACUUCGUGAUCGUGAAUGAUGGAUGGACAUCGAACUACACAAGCUCAGCCGAAAGGGGGCGUUUAAGUGGAAGCAUUAAUCCGGGUGAUAUCGUAUCGAAUGGAUCCUAUCUUUGGGUUGAAUUCACCACCGAUGACCAGGGGAGAUCAAAUGGAUUCAGGGUACUGCUGACGACCGAGCUACGAUCUAUCCACUUGCAGGAUGGGGAAAGCAGAACUUUCGAGUCUCCAAAUUGUCCGAACCAUUACUACAACAAUCUGAAUGUAACAUGGCUUGUGAGUGUUCCUCCUGCAUAUAAAGUACGACUUCAUUUCAUCUCCUCCACCAGUUCGAAUGACUUUGUUAGAGUGAGGGAUGGGUGGACAUCGGACUAUUCGAGCUCAACUGAAAGACGGAAUCUGUCUGGAAGUAUUGAUCCAGGUGAUAUCGUAUCGAAUGGAUCGUAUCUCUGGGUUCAAUUCACCACUAACGAUCAAAGGAGAUCACAAGGAUUCAGGGCACUUCUGACGACUGAGCUACGAUCUCUCCACUUGCAGGAUGGGAAGAGUAGAACAAUCGAGUCUCCCAAUUAUCCUAACCAUUAUUACAACAGUCUCAAUGUAUCAUGGUCUGUGAGUGUUCCUCCUGCAUACCAAGUUAGACUUCACUUCAGCUCCUUUCAAACCGAGUCGAAUAAAGACUUCGUUAAGGUGAGAGAUGGAUGGACAUCAGACUAUUCAAGCUCAACGCAACUGGCAUCUUUAUCAGGAGAUUCGAGUCCAGAUGACAUCAUAUCAAGAGGAUCGUAUCUCUGGGUUUAUUUCACCAGUGAUGAUGAACGCAACUUUUCUGGAUUCACUGUCAACAUUACGACUGAAUUACGAACUAUACAGUUGAAUACCACUGGUGAGGCAGUACUCACAUCACCGGAUUCACCUGAUAAUGGCGACUAUAGUAUCAAUGUGACAUGGUUUGUUGUUGCUCCAUCACCGUACCGCGUUGGGAUUAGUUUUAGUGAUUUCUCCAGCUUGGAGAACGGAGACCUGGUAACUCUACGCGAAGGUUGGACGUCAAAUUAUUCACAUUCAACGCUGAGGGAGUCUUUGUCCAUGUUCUCUGCAUCAUCUAGCUCCACUGACAUUGCAUCUGUAGGGUCAUAUCUUUGGAUCCAAUUUACAACCCUGCCUCAAAACAAGAUCACAGUAUUCCGUGCAUCGCUCUUUGUCGUGAUUCCCGUCAUUUAUGUAGAUACCGCGAAAACAGAAUCCCUGAAGUCACCUAAUUACCCAGCUCAGUACCACAACAGCCUUGACCUAAUGUGGCAGGUGAUCGCCCCAGAAAACCAUCAAGUUUCGUUGCAUUUCGUUGAUUUGGAGAUUGAACAAUCUCGAGACAUCCUAUAUCUGUUCGAGGGACAAUCCCCAGAAUUUGAGAUGUCUGAGAUGGUAAGGCCGAAUAUUUCUGGAUCCGAUCUACCGCAAAACAUCACAUCUGUAGGAUCUUUUCUCUGGAUUCGAUUUACCAGCGACGGGGCUUCGGAGGGAACUUACAGAGGGUUUAAUAUUAUGUUGAUUGCAAACCGAAUACCAGGUUAG